AACAAACCCGGGCAGAGCAGGCGUUGUUGACAUGACUGUAGCAGACAACUGCCCACCAAACUGACAAACCUGUCUAGAGCAUUCUUGAAGACGGCGAACAUGGACUUAUCUCCCAUUAUAAAGAAAAUAGGCCACUCUUUAGUGGAGAUACGAGUUCGGGCAUUAAAAAACAUCCUGUGCAAGCUGGACCAUUCCCUGAUUUCCGUCUGUGAUAUUGUCCAAGAAAAGAUGUUGUUUGUGUAUCUGCUGGAGUGGUUCAAUUUCCCCGAGGUGCCAAUGCAGGAGGAGGUCCUUGAGUUGCUCAACACAUUAUCCAAGCAUCCCAGUGCAGCCCAGAUGCUAAGAGAUGUUGGGGCGGUGGACUUCCUCACCCAACUGUCUCCUAAUGUGGAACCCAGACUGCGAGCUGUCAUUGAUGGGACUCUGGACCAGCUGUUCCACCUACCUGAACUACUGCCGAGCCAUACAAUAGUGUAUUCUCAUAACCAGCCGGCUACUACUGUAACAGCCCCAACGAUAGAUCAAUCUGAAGAGCCUUUUCCAAAAAUGGGCUAUUUCCAAAAGAGCAUGUCAAGUCAAACAGAUGUACCACCUCACAAGAUAAAAGUGCAUGAGAAUGUGAGAUGCCUGAAGUUUUCAGUCUUUCCGUGGUUGACCUUGACAAACACAGACAGACACAUACUUUCAUCCAAUGAGAGCUCACUAAGGAGCAGCAACACCAACUUGGUCCGGACCACAUGUGAACUUCUACGUGAUGUCAUUAUGCAAGACUUUCCCGCAGAGAUCUUCCUGCAGAGGCCCAAUAUUGUUAAGAAUUUGCUGUCACUGUUGAGGCUGGGCUCAGGAAAAGGCGAUGCCGCCCACCUCCACUUGCAAGCUCUUUCCUGCCUGCGGCAACUUUGUAUGGGGCUAAGGAGGAGACUGCGCUUUCACCAAGACCCAAGCUUUUACUCAACAAAACAAGAUCCAGUAUCCCAAAACUCCUCCUUCUCUUACUCCCAUGAGGUGCGAGGUACCCAACGUUCCCAGGCCUCAUCUCCUGCAGCAGAGUGCUCCCCCAGGCCCUCUGUACUGGGACGCCCAGGCCAGAGAGCACGGGGAGAUGGCCAAGAUGGGGAUGCAACUUCUAACAGUGGCAGUUCGCAUAGAGGUGGAGCAGCAUUCCAGGCCCCCAGACAGACACCCCAGUCACCUGCAGAUGUGGCCCAUUUGGAACUACCUGAUCUUGGUGUGGAAGAUGUCUUGGAGCUUCAGUUACAGCAGCUAACAUUGGCUCAGUUCACUGUAGCUACCAUGGAGCAUGCAAUACCGCUUCUUAAAACAGAGAGUUCACAUGUGUUCCAUCGCGUUCUGGAGCUGCUGUGCGACGCCGUCCUCCUGCUUGGGGACAGUGUUUGUGAGCUGGUCUGGGAUGAUCGCAGCCUGGUGGGGAUGGAGCUGAAGGAGAGGCUGCAAGCGUGCAUGGAACUGUUGGGGGAUAUCCUGAGCCUCCACCAGAGCUAUUCAGCAGACAUUUCCCGAAAUUCUCAUGUUCACCACAGAUUGGCCUACACAGGCACUGCCUUAUUCACCAUUAAACUCUUACAGACAGUCCUCCCUCCUGAGAAGGCUAGUGACAAUCUUCCAGAAAACACUGCAACAGCUAUUUUUCACCUCUGUCUGGACACAUCAUUGGGAAGUUUAUUACCUAGCAUGCAGGAGACAGCAGUGGCCUACCUGGAGCAGGUAAAUUCAGACAGCCAUGACCUCUACAGGCGGGUGACCCGUGCUACCCUCUGGAUGGAAUCAACUUGCAACUUCCUCAAGGAAUCACAGGCUAAGGGAGAGAAGAACUGGUUGGAGUUGCUGGAACUGGCGGACCAAGCCAUUAAUGGCCUCCCAUUUCACCAGCACUUACCCAUCAUAAAAGAAUGUGUUCACAUCUGCUCUUACCUGUGGAAGUUUGAUCAUCCCAGUCCACUACUCCAAACAGAGAGCCAAAACCUUCUCCUCAAGCUCCUGUCUCAUCCCUUACUGCCUGUCAAGACAGAAACAUAUGCAUGCACUUUAAACCUGGUCAAGGACUGCCUUGGCAUCCAGAACGUAUCACGACAGGAACCAGGAGCCUGCAGUGAAGUCAACUUUCUUCUCCACCACAGAGUGCUGUAUGAAAUAAGUGCUUUUGGACUGCAGGACUCAGCAGAAAAGGUGAAUGUUGCUGCCAAGGAUAUCCUGCUAUUCCUGCUCAAGGGGCAAUUGAUGAUGACAACAUCAACCUGGGACAGAUUCAGUGAGGCCCUUUACCCAGUCAUCCCCAUAUUACAGGGUUAUGCCAGCACUGAAGAGUCACUGGGAAAAUGUGUCCUGCUGAUAAGUGACAUGUCGGACGUGGCAAGAGACAACGUGUUUCCAAGUACAGCCAAGCUAAAAGCAGCGCUGCGACUCCUUUUCACUAAACAGCCCUCUGUAAGAAUAGCAGCAGUGCAGCAAAUUCUUCUUCACCUAACCAGUUCUGAUGGGGCUGAAAUGGCCAGACUGGACCUGGAACAACAAUCACUGAUCUCCUCACUACCAAAUAUUUACUGCCUCAGAAACCCUUUAGACAUCACUCUUGAUACCAGCAGCAAGUCCAUCCUAAAGGUGGAGUCGGUGGAGAAGCUGUUUUGUAUCCUGUCCUCGGAUACUGUUGACAUCUCCCUUAGAAGAUCAGCUGCAGAACAGCUAUCUGUGGUGCUUCAAGACACAACAAUGCACCCUGUACUCAAGAAUCUUGGAAUAACAGACAAAGUCAUUUCUUUCAUUCUUGAAAGUAUAAACGGGAACAAGAGCUUGGAUUGCCUGUUGGAGCCGUGUGUGUGUAUCCUGAGGAAGCUUGUGUAUGCUGAUCCCUCUCUGAGGCGCUGCCUGGCACAGCGCAACCUCCUGCUCCUCACGCUGCUCAGGGCAUCCCUGAUACUGAAAGAAAACAAAGGCAAUGGAAGUGAAGUCACUGUACUGAUGAGUUUACUGCUGUUUGAUGAGAUUGCCAGCCUUGAAAUGUGGUCAGACAAGUCCAGCACUGAUGUGAAUCUCUCUCUGUUCUCUCUACCGCUGUCAGUAAUACACAGGUACAACAUCCCAUUUCAAACAGCUACUCAUCAUGCUGUCAGUCCGUACUGCUGUGUCCUGCCCCCUUCCUCUGACCUCUGGACCCUGGGCCCUGCACGCCAAGCCCUGCAGGUGGCCUGGAACACUGCAUGGCAUUCUGGAGUGGACAACCUCCUCGAGGGACUGCAUGACUCUAGUUAUGUUACUGAAUUUCAUGCUGACCUAAAGCUGUCAGAAGUGCAGGUUGUGGCGCUGCAGGCAGUACACUUCCCCACUGCGCUGCAGGACUGCAUCCAGGCCAUCGUCACAGCAGCAGGACACAGUUCGGUGACCUCUGCCCUUUCCAGACUCACCCUCUAUUUACUGAUUGACAAACUGGCUUUGCCUCACAUCUCCAUUAGCAGCUGCAGAGACUCUCUGCAUUCCCUAAGCUGGCAUCCAGCAAUGACCAGGUUUCUCCAGGUACGUCCGGCCUGUGUGGAGGAUGAGAAGUUGCUAGUGGGCAUUGUUGCAUUUCUGAAUGCCUAUUUCAGGCAGGUACACACAGAGUUUGUAUCUGACCAGGAGGACAAGGACCUGCGCUGGAUACUGGAGCUGCUUCUUAACCAGGAGACCGCAUGCCUCCUCAAUUUGCUGCUUGGGGCAGAGAUACAGACCUCAGCUCAAAACCUCAGAGAGCAAGAGGAAAUGAAGAACCAAGUGAGCCAGAGACUACAGCGAGAACUCACCACCUUCUUUAACACCUUACUCCUCCGUCUAAGAAACACAUCUGACAAGCUAUGUUUGGCAUUAGCAGGCCCCUUCAAGAGCCAGUUGGCAGACUGUUUGCUUCAAAGCCUGCGGGUGUCCGAUGCCCCACGUUUCUAUGGCCUUCCCAGCCUGGAGAGGACACUGCAGGGCAUGGUCAACCUGACAGCCCAGCCUGGCUGGAGCUCCCACUGCCCUGACCAGGAACCCAUGUCUCUCUGCUCCAAGUAUCUCAGCGGGCUUUUAGAGGUGAUCUCCUCAUUUUAUGUAGAGUGGGGAGGAAACUCUAUGUCUUUCAUGGGCAAAGGUGUGACCAAGAAUGCUGUUAUCUGUCUGCUCCACCUGUCCCAUGAGAUGAUGGCUGAGAACAAAGACAAGGACUUCAUCUCACAGUGGUCUUUGGGGAACGAAACAUCUACAGAGGAGGCUAAUGCCUCUCACCUUGGUUUAGCCUGGCUUGUCCCAUUAUGGGUUGACCGAGAUAAAGAGGUGAGGUUUGCCAGUCUGGGUCUUGGUGCAGCUCUGUCCUCGGUGCCCAGUGGGUGCCAGGCUCUGUGUGCCAGCUGUCAGAACAUCAGUGGAGGUCUGUGGGGCACAUUGCUUAAUAUCCUUUUGGAUCAGCAGGAGAGCAGCAUGGUUCGCAGAGAGGCUGCAUUUAUCCUGCAGAAUUUGCUGGUGAUGCCCAUGCCUGCCAACGCAGAGGAGGCCAAGGACUCCCACUGGCAGCACCCAUGUGUUCACGAUGAGGUAUCUGGUGUCUCUUUGGUGGGUCUUCCGGCGCUUCAGGCUUUGCUUUACCACUGUCAGUAUUUUCAGCAUGUGGUACUCUCUGCAUCCACUUGUUACCGAGGCAGGUACACAUUCCACCUACAAUCUCAUGCUGGUACUACAGGUGGCCCUAGUCCUCAGGAAAGCACUUCACAGGAUUCUGAAAAUUCCCUGUGGUUCUGGAGAUGUGCCCCACCAGCACCUACUGUCAACUCUAGCAGACCUUCCAGCUCCCUCUCCACCUCUAGCACUGAGAUUAGAGGUUCAGGGCCACACACCCCUAAGGCUCUCUCCCCUUUGAACAUCACAGAGGAUACCCCUGUGAGCAGACUGAUGGCUCAAGGCCAGAGUGACACAGACACCAGUGACUCUGUUAACUCCCAUGACUCCCAACAACCAGAGCCCUCGGCCAUAGAACCUGUUGUCAUAGUAACUCCUGACCUCCUGACAGCCCACUGUGGCCUGCUGAGUAACCUGUUGGCUAUCCUUCCUGAUUUCACCCUCACAGCCAUCCGACACAACCAAAUUCUGCCAGCCCUCGCUGGUCUGGUGGAUACUGCGCCCACUGAGAGAUGUCUGAGUGAGCUGAAGACACCCAACAUCCUACCAGGGGAGAGAGAAGACAUAAAGAGCCAGUUUGUGACUCUUCUUCAGUUCCAGUCAAGCUUCUCUAAGCUGUUGCAGUCAUGUGUCACAGUGAGCCAGGAGCUGAUUGGGCAAAUGGACUUCCUGAAACAGUUGCUGGCUUCUCUGGUCGCGGUGCUCAUGCUGGAUACAAAAGGAUUAGAUGCAGGUACCCGGGACGUGGUUUGUAUGUGCUGGGCAGACGUGUUUAUGCUCCUGGCUACUCUGGUGAGGAGGGACAGCUCAGCAGCAUACCCAUCUGUCUCUGCUGCGCUGGGAAGACGCUGGCGGACAUUUGCAGGAACAUUGUCAGUGUGUAUGGAUGAGAAGUUCACGAAUCCCCUUCUGCACAAAGCAGCUCUACAGUUUGUUAGUGCGGUUUUUACAGAAGAGACAAAGAGACGAGAAAUAGCAGAUACAGCCCUGAAUUCGCACCAUGGCCCCCCUCUGUCCGACGUCCUGAAUGGUCCAUCAGCCAGUCAUCUGUGUGAGAUGCUACUGCAGAGUUUCGAGAAGAAGACACCUCAAGACCCUUUAAAGGAGCAGACAGCUAAAGCUCUGGCGACAUUGCUGGCCUGCAGCCCCACAGCUCAGAACCAUGCAGCCAGAGCCGGGCUAAUUGACAGCUGUGUGGAGCAAAUGAAACAAGCUCACACCCAGCUCAACCUGGAAUCAGUCCGACCCGGCAAGGCUUUCCAUCGCAAAAAGGAAGAUGGCUAUUUAAGGGAAGUCAAGCUGACUGUGGAGAUCCUGCGGAGUGCUCUUUUCCGCAACGAUGAAUGCAAAGCGGCAGCCACAGAUGCUCGCCUAACACUGGCACUCUAUGCUCUUUGGCCUUGGCUCCUAUUGGACGACCCCACCAUGGAGGCGGUGCUGGAGCUUCUUUGUGUCUAUACGGCCAACUUCACCACAGCUUGCAGUUCUCUUUGUGGUAGUGGUCCAGGUGUUGCAUCAGGAUCUAAAGGCUCCUCUAGUAGCUCUUUGAUGCACUCGGUCAUGAAACUGGCCUCCGGUGUCGCCCCUGACAACAGUCCCAUCCAGAACCUGGCCUUCUCUCUUUUAGCCAACCUGUCCACAUCACGGGAAUGCAGGGGUCUUCUGCAGAAGAAUAAUUUCCUGCAAGCCUUUCCGUCUGUGCCAGGGCCCAAAGCAGGAGUUAAGGCCUCAUCUGUAGGCUCUGGUGGUGGGAGCUCAGUGGCUUCGUGGCUGAGGCUACUGCUCAGUCUGUCCCUCACAGAGGACGGCCAGCAGAGUAUCCUCAGGGUCAAGGGAGCUCUAGAACUGCUGGCAGACCUCGCGUCGGCUCGCCGCCACGCUCUGCUCACCCUUCACAACCUCUGCUUCUGCCCUGCCAACAAGUCACAUGUCAUCGCCAAUGACAAAGCCAUGAAGGUGCUGUUUUCAUGUCUGGAAAGUAAAGACACAGAAACCUGUUGUGUUGGAGCUUCUGCACUUUGGGCUUUACUUCAUAACAAUCAGAAGGCCAAGACUACUUUGAAGUGUCCCUCGAUUCGAUUGAGACUUGAAGAGGCUUAUACCAACUCUAAAAAGGAUACAGACCAGAAGCAGGAGCCUGUGAGAUCCUACCUGUUGAAGUGCCUUGAAAACCUUUCCCAGCUGCUAAAUAACUGAUUGUGCUGUUGUAUUUAUUUUUUAUCAUGUUUCAUAUUUGUCAAAUUUCAGUGCGAAUAUUAAAGCAAAGUGGCAGAU